AUGUUUCUCAAAGCCGAAUGCAUAACCUGGAUCACUGUCUUUUUUGCAGCUUCGUUUGCCACUGUAACUCUCAAUGCCAUCACAAUUUUUAUCUUCAUAAAACAUCGCAAUCUUCGUAACCAUAGUGCCUACCUGGUCAUAAAUCUGGCUGUUGCUGAUAUGUUAGUGGGAGGUGUCAUUACAUUUGAUCUAUCUUACUUUUAUGGACAGAUUUGUAGAAUUUGGAAGUUUAAUUCAUAUAGAUUUUCUGACUUUAGAUCAGCUGCUGUCUUUAUUUUCCUUGUCUGUUCCUUAACAAAUAUUAUUGUCAUUUCUUCGGAACUGUUACACGCAACAUACUGGCCAUUCAGACAUUGCGUUUUAAAGAGGUGGAUUUACAAAGCAUUGAUUGCUGUUACUUGGAUUAUAGCUGGGGCCAUCUCGUCGGCUUAUAUAGCUCAUAGAGAAUUAAGGGUAGAGUACUUCUACUUAUGGAAUUCGUUUAAUGCCUUCUGCUUGACGGUAAUCUGUAUCUCUUACGCCUCAAUUUAUGUUAAAGUUCGUUACGGUGCACAUGGUCUACAUCAUAACGUUGCCACGAGAGAAAGAAAACUGACAACGACAUUGUUCAUUGUAACAUUUCUUUCUCUUUCAUUGUGGCUUCUUUACUUUGUAACCUGGGUUGUCAUGGAAGCCUCUGACUAUUUGGUAACGCCACCUUUUCGUUUAAUUGACUUUUUCAUUUUGUUAGUUCACGCGAACUCUCUCAUUAACCCCAUAUUUUACCUUAUCAAAAUAUCAGGCUAUAGCAGAGCUUUCAUUACUCUAUUUAGAAUACGUUGUCAACAGCAG